AUGGUUGUGUGGGCCGCCCUCGCCGCCACCUUUGUUGCCUCGGCAUUAGCCCUCACACCCAACAUUACUACAGAAUUCUUCAUCACAUCAAUGAGCCCGAUGGUCAAGUUCGAGCCUCCAGGUUCCUGGAUAGACACCUAUUCCAACUUUGACGACUCAUUGUACGAGCCCGGCGUCAUUGAGGCGGGCUACCCGAUGCUCUUUGCCCCGCACGGCGGCCGCGCUUCCAUCAGUUAUGUUGGAACGAACGUGACCUGGAUCGCUGUCAUGCCCGUUGGUGCAGACUCGACAGUCGUCAGCCCCGAAGUCGACGGGACUGCUCAACCCGCGCCAUUUAUGGACACUAUGAUUGGAGGCCGGCGUGUGGUUCGGUGGACCAGUAACCCAGACAUCCCAAUGGGGCCUCAUACGGGGUCAUUCGGGCUUACGGCCAACGCUCCGCCCGAGGCCCAGGUGGAAUUGGUACCGGUCAAUGCGACCUUCAAUUCCUAUCGCAGAUACACGGCGGUCAAUCAGACCAUGUACCUCAGCGCACUGGACCCAGAGGUCAACUAUACAGUCACCAUUACUGGCGACGAAGACCCUACACAGUUCCUGGGGCUCACAACCUUAACGGCAUGCUUCCUCAAAAACCCAACCCCGGAAGCGUUCGUCGUCGAUGCCACAGGCGAAGCCGCUACCCCCUACACCAAUGGCUACAGAGGAUACGACCCGUCCGCCUACGCGCCGGGGGUGGCGCAGGGACCGAUGGGCACUCCGGGACCCUCUGAUCACCGGCCGUCGCAAGGCCACUUUCAUACGAUGUAG